AUGGCUCGAUAUUGUUUUACUAUCAAGUCAAAAGUGAUAGAAGCUUUUAUUGAUGGCCGAUGGGAAUGGCCGGAAGAUUGGAGAAGUGUGUACCCUACUUUGUUUCAACUUCGGCCUCUCUCUAUAUCUGAUGUGCAAGAUAGAAUAUUAUGGACGAAUUUUGAUGGAAAGCUUGUUCCUUUCACGUCAAAAGAAGUGUGUAAUGUGAUCCGGAUCCGUGACCAGCCGAAACCGUGGUCGAAAGUGGUGUGGUCAUCAUUUAAUAUUCCUAAACAUUCGUUCAUGUGUUGGCUUAUUUUCAAAAAGAAACUUUGGACUCAAGACCGGAUUAUGAGGUGGAAUCAUUCAGUUACGGGUUCUAUGAAUCUGAUGUGCUGCUUGUUAUGCCAAUCAGGUUUAGAGACACAUGAGCACUUGUUUUUCGAAUGUUCAUAUUCGAAAUCAGUUUGGCAUAAAGUGAGGCAUAAAGUAUAUAUGAAUUCGAUUCAAGAUUCAUGGGAGGAUAUCUCAGCUUGGUUUAUCGCUAGAGCCAACUCGAAGUCGGUUUUUUCUGUUGCUAGUAGAUUGGUGGUGGCAGCCGCAGCUUAUGUCAUUUGGAGUGAACGUAACGCUAGAUUUUUCAGUAAUCGUCUAAGACCUCCAGAGCAGCUGGCCGAUAGAAUCAUUAGCACGGUUAGAACAAAGUUAAUCUCUUUCAGGUACAAGCAAACUUCAAAUGUCAAUCGCUUUAUGGAAGAGUGGAAGAUGGAUAAAGAAGACUUCUUAGAUGAAGACUGA